AUGAACAAGAGCAGCUUCAAGCAAGAGCAUGAUUUCGAAAAGAGGAAAGCUGAGGCUUUGAAGAUCAGAGAGAAGUAUCCUGAUAGAAUCCCGGUGAUUGUCGAGAAGGCAGAGCAAAGUGAUGUCCCAGACAUCGACAAGAAGAAAUACCUUGUCCCAGCGGAUUUAACGGUUGGCCAAUUUGUCUAUGUGGUUCGCAAAAGAGUCCAUCUUAGUGCAGAGAAAGCUAUCUUCAUCUUUGUUGAUAAUGUUCUUCCUCCCACCGGAGCGAUGAUGUCGAGCAUCUACGACGAGAAGAAAGACGAGGAUGGUUUCUUGUAUGUUACUUACAGUGGCGAAAACACUUUUGGAUCGUCAAUGGAUCUUUGA